AUGAAGGCUCAAACUGCCGUGGUCGCUCUCUUUGUUAGCCUGGUGGCUGCUCGCCCACAGGGGGUACAGUUCCCUGGUGGGAAUGACAACGGCGGGUGUGCUCGAGGAAAGGCACUUCCCGGACUUGAAGGGAAAGGAACACUUUGCAUCGGAGAAUUUGGCGAGAAUUUUGGCCCUCCUCCUGGUACUGCUCAACAGGAGCCACAGUCAGGAGGGCAGCGUCCAGCUUCAGGGUCGGGAACCUCUACUCCGUCGCAGAAGCUCCCGUUUCGACAACCCAAUGAUUUUUGCAGGGAUCUAUUCGAAGAAUGCUUAGGAACUGUCAAGUUCUGCCAGCGCGAGCAGGAUCCCAAGGCAUGUCUGGAUGCGCGGGAGCCCGCUCCAUAA